AUGGAACAUAAUCAUUCUGAUCAUCAUCAUCAUCAUCACGAUCACAAUCAUUCGGAUCACCAUCAUCAUCAUCGUCGUCACGAUCACAACCAUUCAGAUCAUCAUCAUCAUCAGGGUCACAAGAAAUCUAAAGAUGAAGUAGUUCACUCCAAUGAUCAUUCAAUGUUGCUUAAAAUGACAGCUGUAAUUGGAGCUGUGUACAUUCUGUAUGUAUUGGAAUUCAUUAGUGCUUCACCUAUGUGUAGAAAAAAAAAUAAAGCUACAAAAGCUGCAAAAACUUUCGCUGUAUCACAUAAUGCUUGGUCAGAUGGUGAAACUGGAAGUGACAAGAGUACUGAUAGUGGCUAUGGCCAUGUUACUGGUAUUGCUGAUGAACCAGUAGUUAUGUGUGGCCUUAAAAGUGCUGCAUUUGUGAUCAUUUUUGGUGAUGCAAUUCAUAAUUUCAUCGAUGGUAUUGCUGUUGGUGCAAGUUUUGUUGUUUCAAAUCCAUUUGGUAUAGCUACAAGCAUUGCUGUCGCAUGUCACGAACUACCGCAUGAAUUAGGUGAUUUCGCUGUUUUAAUUGAAUCUGGCCUUUCCAUUCCUCGUGCCAUGUUGCUGAAUUUUCUUUCUUCUCUAACUGCUUUUGCGGGCCUAUUUGUUGGCCUAGCAGCAAUUAGUGUGGACAGUGCUGUGGAGAUAUUGUUGGCCAUUACAGCUGGAAUGUUCCUGUAUGUUGCUUGGCUUGAUAUGUUAAUACAUUUGAAAAAGGAAUCAGCAUCGAUGAAUGACAAAUGGUAUGUGACAUUGUUUCUUCAAAAUAUUGGCUUUAUCUUAGGUUUCUUAAUUAUGUUCAUAAUUGGUUGGUAUGAAGAAGUACUUGCAUCACUUUAG